CCCUGCCACUCCACUCCAGCAUGUGGCCUUCUGAAACGCACCUCAGAUUUAACAUCUGACGUAUAAAGCCAAACAUCUGAGGCCCAAACCUGCCCCUCCUCCAGCCUUCCCCAUCUUAUUAUUAUUAUUUUAAAUGCCUACAGCACCUGGUCUUCCUAGGUGGUCUCCCAUCCAAGUACUAACCGGGCCUGACCCUGCUUAGCUUCCGAGAUCAGACGGGAUCGGGCGUGUUCAGGGUGGCAUGGCCGUAGACAAGCCUCCCCCGUCUUAAUAUACCACACUCCCGCCUUCUCUGCUUCACUGCCCACAGGCAAACCUUACGGCAGAGCUUUCGAAAUACGUCCAGAUCUGCCCGCUUAGUACCUUCUUCUGCUGACACCCUGGUCCCAGCCACCAUGUUCGCUCCGAUUGUCACCCUCCGCCCAGAGCCUCCCAGCCUGCCGUCUGCUUGAGGCCCGUGUCCUUCGGUCCCCACUGCUCCUCUUGCUCUGUCUCAGCCAAACCUGCCUCUGACCGCUCCUCAAACACGCCUGUCGCAGGGUCUUUGCUCCCGUUCUUCCUUCUGGUCCCCACGUGGGCCGUGCUCCCACUUCCUGCAGCCUCCUGCGCGGUCUCCCCAGCACUGCUGCUUUCGCUCCCACACAGUCCGCAUCUGGUUGGUUUACCAUCCGUGUCCCCGUUUCUAGACAGCCGGCUCCAUGGGCGCGGGCCUCUGACUUCCCCUCCCCAAGGCCCAGAGCAGGUCCUCCCCCCUGCAGCAGGGCCCCCAGAGCAGGGCCCCCCAGCAGGCUCCCGAGGGAAUAGGUGAAAGUUCACCAGGCAGACGUAGCGUCGGGAACAGGUCUCUGGCCAUGAUCAUGGUCUCCAGUUUCUUGCUGAGGAUGCCGUGAACAGCCAUGGCAGAAGCCUCCGGAAACUGGACGUGGCCGAGCAGAGCGAGGUUGCUGGAUGUCCCAUGUUGUCCAGGAGCAUGGGGUGUGUGGGGUGUGGGGUGGGGUGGUGUGAAGUCCCAGGAUACUCAGAGGUGCUGAGCUCCGUGUCAUUCCCUCCCCCCCGCCUCCUGCUGUGCCCCCCAGGUUCCCGUUCAGCCGGCCGGAGCUGCUGAAGGAGUGGGUGCUGAACAUGGGCCGGGCCAACUUCAAGCCCAAGCAGCACACAGUCAUCUGCUCCGAGCACUUCCGGCCCGAGUGCUUCAGCGCCUUCGGGAACCGCAAGAACCUGAAGCACAAUGCUGUGCCCACGCUGUUUGCCUUUCAGGACGCCACGCAGCAGCUCCGUCUCUUACAGCUGGUGAGGGCAGACGCAGACCCGGCCAGCGAGGGCGGGAACGCCGACUCUGAGAAGGAAAAGGUUCUCCCCAGGGUGGGGGCCGGGGAACACGGCCCGGAGAGAAAGAUGGACACAGCACUCGAAGCCCUGCAGCUGCCCCCCAGCUCUGGACGUCCUGUAGGACAGGUCCUGCCACACAGACCAGAAGCCACCGAGGCCCCUGGCCGGCCAGCCAGCCCCCCACAGCCGUCAGAUCACAGCUAUGCCCUUUUGGACUUGGACACCCUAAAAAAAAAACUCUUCCUGACCCUGAAGGAGAAUGAAAAGCUCCGGAAGCGCUUGAAGGCGCAGAGGCUGGCGAUGCGGAGGGUGUGUGGCCGCCUGCAGGCCUCCAGGGCCGGGCCGCGGCCGGAGCCACAGAGCUGAGCCGGGUGGCCGGCUUGUUGGAGCCCUCAGGAGGUGGGGCGUGACUCCUGCUGCAGACGGAGGGGCAGCGAGGUGUGCCAGGCCCAGCCCCGGUGAGGAGCCCAGCUCAGCCUCAGGUGGCCUCGAGCUGGGAGUGGGCAGGGCUGUGAGCAUGACGAACUUGGUUGUCAGGGAGGUGACAGCCCCAGCUGUCUUUCAGCACAAGUUAGGUGCGUGUCCUUGGAGCACGGCAUGAGCUGUCCCGAGCCAGUGAGGAAGAAGCACAUUUCCUCGUGGGGCAGCUGUGUCCAGGGACGGGCUUGUGCAUUGGGUCACCCCCACGGUGGGGACGAGGGCUGACGCAGGCAGAGGGCAUGGUCCCCUCCCUCGCCUGGACAGCCGACUCUCUAAGUGGCCGAGACCGGCCCCCUUUCCUGGCCCGGUUGGAGGGAACGACAUAAUAAAGCGUCUUCCUGCACCGGUUCCCUUCCCUUACUGAAAGACAAGCACGGAUUCGAGGUUCUCUCCCGCAUGCUCUGUUGCCGCUGAGAAGACCAACUUCGGGUUCCUGUUGGAGAGCAGGCAGGGUGUGACCGCCUUUGACUACAAGAAAGGGAUUUUAGUUAAAAAAAAAAACAAAAAACCCAAAUAACUAGUCUAAGAGAUUUCCUAAUUCUGGACUCUCUUAGGUACUUGUCUAAUGUAGAAAACUGAACCGCAGCUUCGAGUUAAGCAUCAUGGUUUAAAAUGUGGUUUAAACAGUGAAGAAUGAGGAUGGGAUGAGGCCUUUGGGGGGGGCAAUCCCUUUUGUUUGCUCCUAAUCAUGAACAUACAAUGCAUUGAAACACUG